AUGUGUACUCACUACCUGCUGCAUGGACAGAGGAUCUCCGGGUCCUUACGCGAGGAGCUGGCGGCGCUGCGCUUCCGGAAGCCCACGGACGCGCCGAGAAGGAUGCACGUGGUCUUGCCAGACGGCACCGCGAGCUUUUCCUCCCGGGGCGGCCAGGAGGGGCAGCUCCUCGCCGCAGCGGAGGGCACCAUGCCGCGGCACCAGUUCCGCUACAUGGUCAACUCAUCUCCAACGUGGGAUGCAAAUCGAAAGGUGUAUCGGAUGAAUUUCCACAAUCGAGUUCAUCGAGCAUCGUCCAAGAACUUCCAGCUUCUCAAGGCUGACAGUAGCUUCAAAGCUGAGAUGCCGGAGUCCCUAGCCAUGCAGUUCGGCCGCAUUGAUGAGACGGGCUUCUCUUUCGAUGCGGCCUGGCCCCUAAGCCCGAUGCAGGCCUUCGCCAUAGCGCUCUCUGUCUUCGAUGACCGUGUCUACGAAGCUUUGCGUGUUUACUACUAA